CAAUGGGAGAGCAGCGGGGGCGGAAGUGAACUGAUCAAACCGAUAUACGCAGCCUUGGCACGGUGGAAGAUUGUAAAUAAAACUGACCUUAGCAAGCGAUCUAUUUACAACGUAUUGGAUUUCUGUUGGAUACUGGAUUGUCUUCUUUAGUUAGAAAGAGUUUUAAAAAUGGUGUGGUGUGAAAACAGCUGACGGUGGUGGUACAGGAGUGGUGGAUCAUCUGGGCUCUGUUCUGUCACUGCCGCUAUGGCAGAGGUCACCGGUGGUAAUUUGAUGUCCCGAAAGGGUCCCUACAUAAGCAUGAUAACAAACCGCACAACUAACCUGCUGAUCCGGGGGGCCAUGCUGUUCGGCGUGGGUGUGUUCCUAGCGCUGGUGCUAAACCUGCUGCAGGUGCAGCGUAAUGUCACUCUCUUCCCUCCUGAUGUCAUCAGUAGCAUCUUUUCUUCAGCGUGGUGGGUACCACCUUGCUGUGGAACGGCAUCAGCUCUGAUAGGGCUGCUGUAUCCGUGUAUAGACAGGCGUUUGGGAGAGCCCCAUAAGCUGAAGCGCGAGUGGUCCAGUGUGAUGCGCUGUGUGGCUGUCUUUGUUGGCAUUAAUCACGCCAGCGCUAAAGUGGACUUUGCAAAUAAUGUGCAGCUGUCUCUGACCCUGGCUGCACUCUCAGUGGGGUUGUGGUGGACAUUUGACAGGUCACGCAGUGGCUUCGGCCUGGGAGUUGCCAUUGCAUUUCUUGCAACCCUCGUUACACAGCUACUGGUAUACAAUGGAGUGUUUCAGUAUACAUCUCCUGACUUCCUGUAUAUACGAUCUUGGCUGCCCUGCAUCUUCUUUGCUGGUGUGAUAACCAUAGGAAAUAUAGGAAGACAGCUUGCUCUUUAUGAGUGUAAAGUUGUUCAGGAAAAGAUUCAUCAGGACUAAAACAUCUUAUACCAUGGAUGCAAAAACAAGGGGAUCUGCAUGAACUUGUACAGUUAAAGAGGUGCUCUCUUACAGCAGUACAGCCUCUCUGGAGCUUAAAAAAGCUGAAACUGGGAUUGAUUGACUGAAACAUCUCUGAAAAGUGUUUCUUUAACUUGCAUAUGCAUCUCUCUUGGAUAUGACGUGCCAAAGUGACUCAGACAUGGCAGUUCUUUCUGGAAUAUUAACUCAUGAGCUAUGCUUCUGGUCUAUAUCUCUUACUCAUAUAAACUGAUUCUUUCAGUGGGUGCUGCCAGACAGUGUUUUUCUAGGCAUGAAUAAGAAUUACAGGUAGAGCAUACUGUAUACUGUAUACAGAGGUCAAACAAUAGAAACAGAAUCCUUAGCAUGCUCAUAUACAGUACUGUGCAAAGGUCUUAGAGACAUGGAAAGAAAUGCUGUAAAGCAAAUAUGCCUUUAGAUAUAAUGAAAUUAAAACAUUGCUAUAAAAAGAAAAUAUUACAAAGAGCAGUUAAGAGUAAUAGACUAAACAAAGUCAAUAUAUGAUGUGAUGACACUUUGCUUUGAAAAAAACAAAAAAAACAAACGGUAGUCUCGGGUACAAUUCGUGCAAUUUUAUAAGGAAAUUGGCUGAUAAGUUUUACUGAGCAUCUUGGAGAAUCUGCCACAGUUCUUCUGGAGACUUUGACUGUCACACGUUCUUCUUUUUUUGCAUGCAAAACCCAGCAGCCUUUUUUCUCUGGUCUGAAAAGUGGUCUGUUAUGUAAUCUGUUGCUUUCUUUACUGACUUACAAACAUUUUUCUGUAACAUUUACAUUUUUAGUGGAAAAGUAAUAUUUGGAAAAAAUAUAUUAUAAAUUUUUUUUUUUGUAUUGAAUAGGGUGCCUAAGACUUUUGCACAGUACUGUAUGUUGAAGUUAAACUAAGGUACGUUGGUAACUACAAUGGUAUCCAAAGUUUAUUUCAAUUUAUCUUAAAAUUCACCAAUGAUGACCAGACUAGGAAUUAGUUGCUGUGCUGUAGAGGCAAGCAGUGCAAUUGCAAUACGGUAUACUGUGUUUAUGAUUACCGCUCUGCCACUUCUCCACACUCAGUAGCACACAGGUGGCAUGAUAACAUGCUGUGCGAGAGAGCAGGAGCAUAAUCAGUGUUAGACCAGGUGUGUAUUAACCUACACAUUACUACAAACUACUUAAUCAUUUAAUGAUUAAGCUUUACCUCAGCGUCCCCGUGAUCCUGCAUUGUGUCCUGUUUAAUCUCUCUCACACACACAGCCUUCAUCCGUCUUCUGUUGAAUGUCUUGUGUCUAGUCAUAUCGUUGUAUAGACCUCAGCAUUGCUAAGGGAAAUGAUAAUGAACAGUGGAUUUUGGAUUGUUUAGUUUUCAGUUAAACUAUGAAAUUACCCCAAUUUUUGCCUCAGCCUUAAUAUUAUUUUUCUAAUCAAGGCUUUUAUAGGGAACAUAGGAUCAUCUGCUAUGAAAUAUGUUCACUCUCAUUAUUUACCUCUACAACUGAACAGAGAGUAAAGUGGUGUUAAAGAUCUUUCGUGUUUGGACUACUGUAUUUCAUCAGCAUUGUACAAAAUGGAGUUGAAAUUAGAAACAGAAUAAUGGGGAAAAUUCUUUUUUUGCAUCUGUUUUAUUCAGAAUGUAUUUGUGAAUGCUAUAUGUUGUCAUAUUACCUGUUUUAAGAUAUGUCUUUAACAGGAAAAUAGAGUGUGAUCUGUACUGAGUAAUUAUAUUGAAAAUCAUUAUACUUUUUUUAAAUACCAGGUUGACUUUUACAGGGAAGACUACAGUUUUUACUAACCAUUAAAUGACUGUUAAUGGUGACUGUUCAGGACUAAGCUUAGUACAUAGAGACGUGGACCAGUGUGCUAUGAAACACAGCAAGAAAGCUGUACUGGUUUCUGUUUAUGGGAAAAAAAAACUUUAAACUUUUACAUUUACUCUUGCCAGAAAAUGAGCAAAUGUAAAACAUGCAUAAAAAAGGUGUAUUGUCAGAUUAUUGUUUGGAAUCCCUUCCACUUUUCAACAUUUGAUUCCAUUAUUAAAUAAAAGAUAUUUUAAGCUGCA